UUCCAAUUGCACUUUUCCAAAAUUACAUUUACAGCAUCUUCAGUGUACGAUCCAUUUGGAAAGACAUCAUUUAUUGAGCUUAACAAGCAAAGACGUGGCCACUAUGAAAGGCCCUCAAGAGAAAAAAUAUACAAUCGACCACCACCUCCGGUCAAAAAGAUAUAUUUGCGGAAAAAUGGUGAUAUUAAUUACAGGCCUAAACUUUUUAUUUGGCGCAUUUGGCUGAUUCCUCGUUUGAAGGAAUUAAUUGAGGAAGCUGGUUCGUUUGUUGGAAUAGAGAAAGGAGAAACGCUACAUUUAUACGAUUAUCAAGGCUCUGAAAUAACAAAUGAGAAUGACAUUAGGGAUGGAAUGCUCUAUGUUGUAGCUGGAGAAGAAGAUUUUGACAUGAGGUCUAGUGAUCUGCCAAAUUAUGUGAAUACAGUAAGAAGUGCGCCAAAUGUUACUUCUACCGACUCUCGUUCUGCCAAUAAAUCGCGGGUAAACUUGAUGAACGGCUCAGUUAAUUUCCCUGAAAAGGAAGCUGUGGAUCCUUUACAGUCAAAUAUUGCCACUGAGAACAAUAAUGAUCCAUAUUGUGUGGUAGCCAAUUCACCAAAUAAAAAACGCUAUUUCAAUGUUCCACCAGUACCACACGAACCAUUGGUCAGCAACUACGGAUAUGAAGAUAGAUACGGUGAUUUUGAUAAUUGUGACAUUUUCGCCAAUGGAGAUCGUUCGCGAACAAGAAAAAAGCACAAUUUUACAGGACAUGGAAAACCGACUGUAAAAAAUCAAUCAAUUAUGCGAGAAUCUGGCGAAGAAAUUGGUGAAUUGCAUGGAAGAAAGAGAGGAAUGAAUCCAAACCAUAAAAUGACCAAUGGUGCGGCACGCAGAUCACGUAGUGAAGUUAUUUACAACCGUAAAGAUCAAACGCAUCCGGAUGUUUAUAUAAUAUACGUAUUUUUAAAUGGACAGGGAAUGGAGUCGCAAUAUAUAAAUUUUAAACGAAGUCAACUUGAAAAAGGAAUGGAUUUCAUUUUGGAACUAAUUGCUCGUCGUUUCAGUGUUAAACCCUCCAGGUUGUGCAAUAUGGACGGGAAAAAAAUACACCGAAUCAGUGAUAUGAUGUCGCGUGGAGCUUAUGUACUUGUGCCUAUUGGUCAAGCGUUUCGUGAGACGUGGUACUUCCUCCCUGACAACGCUAUUGAUACCAGGUCAGUUCUUUUACGCCUCAAUAAGAAAAUUCACUCCGAUGCGGAAAAAAUAAUGGAGCGCAAUAACCAAAGAGAUCGCUUAAAACAACUUCGAGAACGACAUCGUUCCAAAGUUCGUGCUAGCAUGGCUCGAACUCGUCAACAAAAUCGAUAA